AUGUCCAAGCGCGGCCCCGGCGCAAACUUCGGCGGCGACGAGGAGAGGUUUGGUGGUCCCGGUCCGGGAAACGACACAAUGGAAAAGCCGAUGAAGGCCACUGAUGCGCAGAUGGCGCGGAGAAAAAUUGCGGCAGCUAAGAAGAUCCGCCCGGGCGCACAGCGUUCGGCAUCGCCCUUCGCCCCUGCGCCGCCUGCGGGAGCCAACGCUCCCCAAUCCUUCACAAUGACAGGCGGUAGCAAUGGCAAUGGCAAUGCCUUUGCUUUUGGAGCAAACACACAGCCAGCAUCUUUCCAGUUUGCUGCUUCUCAGACCCAAAGCAAUCCAUUCGCAGGAUUCGGCCAGACACAGACUGCGCCGGCGACCACACCAUCCUUUACAGCAUUCGGCCAGUCACAACCGGCCACAACCACCACAACUCCCUCCAGCAAUCCCUUCGGCCAGACACAGCCGGCGACUGCGAACCAAGCCUCAUUCGGCGGAUUUGGCCAGUCACAACCAUCCUUUGCGACUACGACCUCGUCCAGCAACCCCUUCGGCCAGUCACAGUCGGCGACUACAAACCAAACCUCAUUCAGCGGAUUUGGCCAGUCUCAACCAUCCUUUGCGACCACGACAAGCUCGUCCAGCAAUCCCUUUGGCCAGCCGCAGCCACAGUCGGCGACUGCGACCCAGACCUCGUUCAGUGGCUUUGGUCAGUCAAACACAGAGCCUGCCAACGACAGUCUCUUCCCCGGAUGGACGCCACCGGAUAGCAGCAGGGCCAACACGCCGGCUGCCGGAACGAGCCAGCCGCAAGCCGAGCCCGCAAAGACUUCCCUCUUCGCCAACCUCAAUCAGACAACUGAGUCUGGCAAGUCGAGCAACAUGUUUUCUGGUAUUGGUCAGCAGCCGCAACAGAACGGCGCUAGCAACCCAUUUGCCGGAUUCGGUCAGCCGCAAGCCGAGCCUGCCAAAUCAAACCCGUUCGGCAACAUGACCCAGUCACAGCCACAGUCACAGCCCGAGCCUGCCAAAGCAAACAAUCCCUUCAACAGCUUUGGACAAACACAAUCCGACGCCAGCCGCGCAAGCACCCCCUUUGCUGGAAAGCAGCCCGAGCCUGAGAAGCCGGCCAACUUGUUCGCAGGACUUGGUCAGCAGCCGCCGCAACAGAACGUCGCAAGCACUCCCUUUUCCUUUGGCCAGAAGGCACCCGAGGCUGAGAAGCCCAGUAACCCUUUCGCCAGCAUUGGACAAGCGAACGCCGAGCCUGCCAAGCCCAACCUUUUCUCAGGAUUCGGUCAAGCGCAAUCCGAGAACAGCCGUUCAAGCACUCCCCUUGCCACUAAACAGCCCGAGCCUGCCAAGCAGAACGUCUUUUCAGGAUUCGGUCAGACCCAAUCUGAUAGCAGUCGCGCAAGCACACCCUUUGCCGCAAAGCAACCCGAGCCUGAGAAGCCCAAGGAUCUCUUUUCUGGCUUCAGCCAGGCGCCUAAACAGAACGGCAUCAUGCAGACUCCCAAGCCAAACGGCGAGAAGACCGGUCUUUUUGGUGCGAGCAUCCCAGCACCAACGACGCAACCCUCUGGUGGUAGUGUUUUUGACUCCCUUCCUAAGCCACCUCCAUCGCAAUUCAACUUCAGCUCCGCUGAUCCGAAGCAAGUCUAUCGGGAGGAGGAUGAUGACGACGCCACGGCCAGCAACAAGGAUGGUGAUGCUGAGGCAGUCUCCGAGACACCCAAGCCUGCGCAGCCUAGAAGCCUCUUCGACCGCAUUGAAAAGGCCAGUAACCAGCAGCAAACGUCCGCGACGCCCAAGGCCGCGCCGCCCAGAAGUCUCUUCGACCGUAUUGACAAAGUCAACGGCACACAAGCAGCCUCCGAAACGCCAAAGGCCGCACCGCAAAAGAAUCUUUUCGAACGCAUCGACAAGGACGAUGGAAAGACUCAGACCUCCACCGGCUCCAAGUCGACAACCUCCGACGACACGCCAAAGGCCGCGCCAUCUCUGAGCGCCUUCCCAGCGCCUGCACAGCAAUCACCGUCCGUACAUCAGCAUCCUCCACUCAAUGACCUUAGGAAGGCAUCGGCAUUGAAGAAUCUGAAUGAAGGCGUCAUUGCACAUCUCAAGAACCAGGAUCCGACGACCGAUCUGACACAAAUUUACCUCUUCGCAAUGCAAGCGUCCGCCCAAAUUCUCGGCAAGCCUCUGCCGUCAUUUGGUACAUCGGCUAUGCCAAAGCAGCCUGCUCCUCCUUCAGGAGGUGGUGGAGGCAACCAGUUCUCAUCAAAUGCCGCUCAUGCACCAUCAUCGACCAACGGGUCUUCCGCAUCCGCAUCCUCAUCCGCACCCGCACAGAAGUUUCCUCAAGCUAUGCCACCAUCUGGUAGCGUAUUCAACGCCAACACAGCCACUCCAAAAGUUUCUGGUCAGAACUUGUUCAGCAAGCCACCGAGCACUGCACCGCCCGCAAACAAGCGCAUGUUUGAACAUGACAGCGAGUCCCCUGUCCAGCCUGCAACGGAGAAGCGGGCCAAGCCAUCAGGCAUCACUACUUCGCCCACGAAGAAGCGCGCUUUUGCGCAGGAUGACGAGUCAGCACAGCCUGCGACCGAGAAGCGGGCCAAGGCAUCUGCCCAGCCCCCGCCAGACACCGCCAGUAAGACGAUGCGAUUGUUUGCGGAGACACUCGAAAAGUCGCAGAGCACCGAGACCGGCAAGACCGGCCAGUCGAGCGCCUUCCCAAGCWUCAAGCCGUCAACUUCCGCUUCAGGAUUCACUCCGUCUACCUCGUCCUCCUCAGGGCUCAAAGCCUCAGCAUCGACUGUCUCACCUACCAGUGCCAACAGCGCAUCUCAGGCUCCUCAGGAAGCCGCUCCUCCGGCCUCGAAGCCUCCGCCAUUCGAAAUGCCGAAAUUUGAGCCUGCCAAGAAUGGCCCCGGCAGCUUCCUGUCCUCUUUCGGUGCCAAUGCGCAGAAGACUGAGGAGGAGGCUCGCAAGAAGCGCAUGCUUGACGAUUAUGAUAGCGAUGAAGAAACCAAGGAGCAGUGGCUGAAGCGUGAUCGCGAGGCGCAGGAGAAGAAGCGUAAGGAAAUGCUAGAGGCCGCACAAGGCCUCAAGCUGCMCACUUUCGGUACUGCCGCGCCAACAAAGGUUAGCUCUUCUGAAUCCAUAGCAGCUGAGAAGUCGCAAGGCAAAGGCGACAACACGUGGUCGCAGUCCACUCCCAUCAAGUUUGGCACAUCCACCGACGCGCCAUCCGCUACUCCAGCGACGACCAAGCCAGUUGGCAACCUCUUUGGAUCAUUCAAUUCAACCMCCCCCGCGGCUCCCUCACUCUCUGGCAGCUUAUUCGGUGCUACGCCGGCCAUCCCCGCCACUCCGGCCGUCACCACAACCGCCGAAGGUAGCGACAAGGAUGAUGAUGAGAAUACCGAGGACCCCAGCGCACCUCAGGAUGACCUCGCCGGCCUUCUUCCAGCAGAGCKCAAAGAUAACAUUGUGUUGAUGGAAAUGCAAGACACCAAGACGUCGAGGAUGGAGGACAGUGAACAAGUCGACGCUGAUGGCAAGAAGAAGAAACAUUGGGCCAGCAAAGCGAAUGGCCGUCUGUUCGUCUUGAAGAACAAGAACACGGGCAAGAUCCGCAUCUUGUGCAGAGCUCCUCAGGGUCGGCCCCUUCUCAACUACAACGCCCUCCAAGGAACCAAGUACACGGUCGCCGGCAAGAAGAACAAUAUGGUCAACGCCRUGUUCAUGGAUCACAUCUACGACGAUCCGCCCCAGAUCGCUCGGUUCAUCAUCACGGCCAAGACUGCCGAGGAAGCGAAGGAUCUCGCUCGUCAUUUGACUGAAGGAGCGUCGCAGUAG